UUCAUCCAACAUGGCGGACCAACACUUCUUAUAAGAAACCCUUGCCUUUUUAAUUUUUUUUCGAGCAAAAAAUAAUGGGUAAAACUGUUAUAGCCGAAGAAUCCGUCUCUGACUAUGUCUCUUCUCUGUUUGGGACUCAAACAUGGCGGACUGGGCUUAUUCUUGGACAGAUGGGUACUCAGAAAUACCACGUUGUACAUCUAACUAGGACGCCUGAACAAACUAAUAGUGAAGGAAGCGAGGAAGAUGCAGCACCAUCCAAAGUCAAACCUUCAUCACCAGACAAAAUUGACGAAUCAUGGUUCAUUGAACAUGCACGACAGGUAUCUCGUAUGCUGGUUGGUGGUCUUGACAUUAUUGGUAUAUUCAUUUUUGGACCACCAGACAUGUUAAGUAAAGCACAAACCAAGGUUAGACAGCUGCUAUAUUCUUUGUACAAGGCAACAUAUCUCAGGUUUUCAGCGUUCUUUGAUCCAGAAGACUUGGUACACACUAGAGUUAUACUUCAGAUAUGCUCUAAAACUAAAAAAGUUACAUGCAGGACACUGGAUAUGUCUGAUAACAAAUCCACAGCACAACCAGCUGAAUACAAAUACCAGUCAUUUCUGAGCAGAUGGAAUACACUUGACACCAAGAUAUCUCUUGAUUAUAAAUUUAAUGUUCCAGUAAAGAUGGAGAAAGCAGAUCUGAAUACCAAAAUUAUGGAAGGUCUUCAAAGCUACUUACAAGAUAUAUCAAGCUCUGUAUGUACAAUAAAUGGGCAGCUUCCACCUGAUGAUCAACUUCUAGUUCCCUCAGACAAACAGACAAAAUCAAGUCAGUUAGGAUCAUGUAUGACUGUUGAUGUUUAUCUAAAUAAGCCGUUCCUUAAAGAGAGUAAGAAGCCAAAGGAGAGUAAGUCCUGUGGAGUCAUACAAGUGGUUGGCAGUUUCCAUUGUACUGCAUGUUUGAACCAGAAGAUCACUAACAGAGAAGCUAUCCAGGCAAUCAAAUAUGACAUCAUAAGAAGUGUAAUUUCUCGUUGUGAAGUGUUGUGUGAUGAUAUUGUAGAUGCUCAAGAGGACAACUCUCCAGAGUCAUCAAUAGAAAACAUCUGGACAUGUCCCAGAAGAGUGUUUGUACCGCUUGGCAAAACCCCUGUACGGUUUUGUGAUUACGUCUUUCAAGAUGAAACAAUGCAGGAUUCUUUAGAUCGUAUCUCAGAACUACUUGACAUGAACCCUAGGGAAGAUGAGGUGCAGUCCCUAGAGACGAUGACAACCAAUCAAAAUCUAGAGGAAAUCAAAGAACAUCUACAGUCUCGGCAAGAGAUGGAGCGCGACUCAAGCGAAGAACAAUCUGAUUCCUCUACUAAAACAUCCAGUGUGAGUGCACGUAUUUUGGGUGUUGUUUUGGGGCUGGCUACAGCUGUUAUUGCAACUGGGGUAGCAUUUAUCUGGGGGGAACAGGCUAGUUGAAAAAUAAUUAAAUAUAUUCAUGUAGAUCAAAGUAGAAAAACGCAAUUGAACUUCUCAUGUGGGUGAUGCUACCAUAGCUCUAUCUGGUUCAUACGGUGUUUUCUGGGCAAGCAGGUAGUUCUUUGUUGUACAACCACAAGAAUAAAGAAUAURGGUCAUCUUAAAA